AACACUGUAAACAGGAAAUGAACAACUCGUGACAAAAAAAUGUCUUAUAAAGAGUAAUUCUGCGACUUUUGUCCACUACAACAUUGCACCUUUGACAAGACAAGGCACCAAAAAUGCAGACAGUACGGCAACGUCGACUCAACGAGUUGACGUUUGAAACCAAAACAACAAACAGCGCCAGUGAAAACAUGUCACAGAAGAAAAAGUCAGGCUUCCAUUUCGACUUGUGGCUUUACCUGACCCUGCAGAACUGGAUUCUAGACUUCGGAAGGCCUAUCGUCAUGAUCAUGCUUCCACUCGAGUGGUUCCCACUGAAUAAACCAAGCGCCGGAGACUAUUUCCACAUGGCCUACAAUGUGAUAACACCAUUCCUCAUGCUGAGGUUGAUUGAGCGCAGUCCAAGGGCGUUGCCUGGCUCAGCAGUCUACCUCUGCAUCAUUACUUUUGUCAUGGGAGCCAGCAUCCACCUGGUGGGAGACUCCAUCAACCACAGACUCAUCCUGAGUGGCUACCAGCUCCAUCUGUCAGUCAGAGAGAAUCCGAUCAUCAAAGACUUAAAACCUGCCUCGCUGAUUGACUCCUUUGAAUUGCUGUAUUACUACGAUGAACACCUUGGACAUUUAAUGUGGUAUAUUCCCUUCUUUGUCAUUCUCUUCAUUUACUUCACCGGAUGUUUCACUGAGGCUACAGAGCAGCAGAAGAUCCCAGUCAAAGGCCAGCUGUUGAUUACACCCAGCGCACUCUAUUACUGGUACUUGGUCACUGAAGGACAAAUCACAGAGCUCUUCCUCCUCACCUUCUUUGCAAUGGGGGUCAUGAUGAUUCACCAGAGACAUAAAGGCUUAAGCCCUGACAACAAUGGACUUUUCUUGUUCUAUAGUUUCAGUCUUACUUUGCUUCUAGUGGCACUUUGGGUUUUUUACCUAUGGAAUGACCCUGUGCUGCGCAACAAGUACCCUGGAUUAAUGUAUGUGCCGGAACCUUGGUCCUACUACACACUUCAUAUAAAGAAAACCCACUGAAUUACGUCUGUUCAGAUACAGACAGUCGCCUGGCUUGAAGCAAACGCCUACGGUUUCAUUCAAUUGAAUCUGUUUUUUUUACACUUGCAAAUGUCUGUUAGUAGUAAUAUUGAGUUAUUUGACAUAUAUGGCUGAGUUCAAAUUUU